UCUAGCUGAAGUUAAAAUGGAGGCUGUGUAUAAAAUCCCUUUCACAGUUUUGCAGUGCCCUAACCUUCGAUUAAAGAAACCAUCAUGGAUAAAAUUGCCUUCAGCAAUGGCUAUUUAUGCUUGUAUUCUUCUUUCCUAUUUUCUCGUUACUGGAGGUGUUAUAUAUGAUGUAAUUGUGGAGCCUCCCAGUGUAGGUUCAACAACAGAUGAAAAUGGGCAUCAAAAACCGGUGGCUUUCAUGCCAUACAGAGUUAACGGACAAUACAUCAUGGAAGGAUUGGCAUCAAGUUUCCUUUUCACUGCUGGAGGCCUUGGUUUCGUUAUACUGGACAAGUCAAACCAACCAAAUAUGCCAAAACUGAACAGAUUUUUACUUCUCUUCAUGGGAUUUGUAUGCGUCAUCUUAUCCUUCUUCAUGUGCAGAGUCUUCAUGAGGAUGAAAUUACCAGGUUAUCUUCAAUCUUAAAGCACUGCAAAACAAUCAGAGUGAGAGUGGACUGACUAUAUUUCAAACUAGAUGCAGAGCAUUACAUCCAGUUUACCUUGCUCUCAUCUAUGCAUAUUGUAUUUUAUACAUUCCUUCCGUACUCGUCUGUGGCAAUUGAAAUAAAAUAUAUAAAUUGUAAUAAGCUUUUUUUUUUUUUUUGAGUGAAUGCAGGUCUCUUCAAACGAGUAUGUUGUAAAAUAAACUGAACAAACCAUUGAGAA